UGAUAGAUAGGAAAAGCUGUCAAGUCACCCAAGCAGCAUAUUUUCAUUUAUAAUAGAAGUCGACUGAAUUCUGAACUGAAAGAUGGCUCAUCCAAACGGGGUAUUGACAUUCACGACGUCUAUCUCGGGUGUGCAAGUGCCGCAGGCCACAGCCACAGCCACAACGCCAACGGAUCUUCAAGGUGGGGGAGGAGGUGGGACGACGGGCGGCGGUCAGAACUCAAAUUAUGAUCAGCACAGAAGUUACUUUGAGAUGAAAACGGCAGAAUUAAAAUGUAAAGAGCAAGAGCUGGCCGUAGAGGCCAGGAGGCUUGAGAUUUUGAACAUAAAGCAAGCUAAUCAAAAUAUGCGUGAGGCCGCAGAGGCCAAGAGGCUUGAGAUUUUGAACAUAAAGCAAGCUAAUCAAAAUAUGCGUGAGGCCGCAGAGGCCAAGAGGCUUGAGAUGUUGAACAUAAAGCUAGCUAAUCAAAAUAUGCGUCAGGAGCAUAUACUCAGAAUGAGGGAGCAACGAUUAAAGAUACGCAUACUAGAGGAGCAGGAGGAAAAUUUGCAAGGACAACCCAGCACAUAAAAUGUAAUUUAGCAUAUUCAUAUUUUAUUUCGAGCUAAAUACAGAUUACAGAUUAAAAUACCAAACCAAAAG